UCAGAGUCUUUCAUUCGUCGCUCGUCCGUAUUCAAUUGUAAGCCUUUAAAACAAAAUUAAUAUUCGGCGACACUUCGAAAACAUGCAUUAGGGGAUUUGUAAAUACUUGAAAUUAAUAAUCUUUGUUUGUGUAGUGAAUAUUUGUGCAGUGUAUUGUUUGGAUGGAAAAAAAAACAUUUUUAUUUGGUGACCUUUUUACAUGAAGUGUCAAUAUGGAUCCUAACUAACUGAACUAAAACAGUAGCGAGCGAAAAAUUAUUAUCCUCGUAAAUUUUAGAGGUGCAAUUAAGUGUACAAUGGGGUCGAAAGAGGCUCCGCCAUAAAACUGUCAGGUUUGUUUUGGCUGUCAAUUGACAAAAAAAAAACAAUAGGAAAGGAUGGUGCAGUGGUGGUUCGGAGUUCGUGGCGCGAGCGACGAACGGUUGGAAAGCGAUGCGAGGAGUAACGUGUCAGUCGGGUCGCCAGCGUCGGCGUUCGCGUUCAGCUAGUGAGUGGGUGUCUUAUGUGUGUGAUGUGUGUGCGACAUGUCCGGCAAGCCCGCGAGUGUGGCCGCGUCGCGAGCGGGCGGGGCUGGAGGCCCUCGCGUGCUGGUGUACGUGGCGGAGGCCCGCCAGUGCCAGUUAGACGCUGCGGAGACGCCGCCCCAGGCCCACCCGCUUGACGCGCUCUACCUGCAGGAGAACCUCCCGCAGCACCUCGCGAUCAAGAACUUUCGCGCCGAGGAGCAGAGGGGCUUCUACAAGCAUUACAACGAACCGGAUAAGUUUGCGUCCGAAGCUCGGCCCGAGUACCCGCAGUACCUGAAGGAUGCGAGGGGCGAUGAUAAGGUGGAACAGCAGAUAGUCAAGAGAAACGAGUGGGAGAGAGAGGGGUACGGUUGCGGGCUCGAGUCUGGUGACUUGGGCUACCAGAGAUGUGGAGCAGAGAUGCAAUCGCUGCCCGGCCUGAACAGUGAUGCGGUGCAAAGUGAUAGUGCAAACUGUGAGAGAGAUUUAGGCAAAUAUAUGAACUAUCAUUUGUUAGAACAGAGUGUAUCGCACCAGUCUAUAGUGAAUCAGAGUAUAAAUAUACUGAAUCAUCAAGUGAGGUCGUUAGGGAGUGAGAAUGAGGGUUCGCAGUUGGUUCGGACUGCAGAGGGUGUUGUGUUAGCGGUGGUGCCGUCUAUUUUGCCGCAGCACGAUACUUCUGAAGUGAGGACUACACAAAGUGAAUUCCCUCAAAGUGUGACUGUGCCUCUUGGCUGGAGGAGGAUUGUCAAUGGAACAUCUGUCAUUUAUAUCAGCCCCAGCGGCACGGCGCUGAGCACGCUCGCCCAGCUCCGGGAGUACCUGCAGACGGCCGGCACCUGCAAGUGCGGCCUGCCGUGCCCGCUGCGGCCGGAGACGGCGUUCAGCUUCGACCCGAAGGUGUUGAGCAAACCUUACCAGGCGGCGUCCGGCGCGGAAUUGACGAAGCUGUGCAACCACAAGCGGAAACUGCUAGCGACGCUGCAGGCGCGCGCGCAGUCGCCAGCCACGCCACCGCCGCAAAGUGAACAGAAGAAAGGCGCAGUGGACCCCGCCAAAAAGAAGAUGAAGAAGCGUGCUGGACUCGCGCCCAACAUGAGCGUCUCGCAGAUGAUGGUGCAGAGGGAGAGGCCGCUCAAUGAAUUCAAGUCCCUGGAGGAUCAGAAAAGAACAGCAUCGCCGGGUUCGAUAGUUCAACGUCCAAUGAAUCAGGCCUGUGUACCUUAUCCUCAACAAAAUAUGCUUAACGUUGUGGAUGAGACAAAACAAGAAACUCAUAUACAAAGAAGUUCACACUAUCUUACAGUUAGCAGUGGAUGGAUAUCCCAGCAUCCAGAUAAUAUGGAGGUCAAUCAGAAAUUAAAUCAGCCAAUGCCUAACCCCGCUCUUAAUGUUGGCCUACCCGUACUAGGUACGAAUGGACAAAUUAUAGGCGUCAAUACAAGUUUCAACAAACAAGCGAAUGUUAAAAAUGCAAUGAAUGUGAUGCCACAAAAUGUAGUUGAACCAGAACGCAAAGAGGAAGAGAAAGAAGUGCUAGCAAAACAAAUGAAGGAAGAGUCUCAAAUAUACUGCGGUUUGAACCAACCGCUUACACCCGAAGUGAUGCAAAAGAUCAACGAACAGCAGCAAAUCUUCAUACAAAGAAAUCAGAAACAGAUUGAAGUCAUGAAGGGAUACAAAACACAGAUGGCGGAUAACGUCAAUCAAAAUAAGCAACUUGUUCAGAACCAGUACUUGCCACAGAAUCAGCUGGUGAUACAGAACGGGACCGUCGUGAAAACUAAUUCAGCAAAAACACCGCCGUGGCAAGUUAAGAGAACUGAAACGAGCACUCCGAAUUCUUUGACGAGUGCAAGUCCAAAGUUGCAAAAGUUGGAUAAUAUGGAUUAUGAAAUGAAUAAUGACGAACCACCUCCAACGGCACAAUUUGCUAAUGAUCAAUCAUCUAUUAAUCAAGGCAUGUGUUCCAGAGUACCUCCCUUACCACAGCAUUACAACAUGAUGGGCCAACAGUGGCCGAAUAUGGAUCUCAACAAAAAGAAAGGCAAAGGUACUAAGACACCCAAAAAGAAAAACAACCAACUAGAAAACAAACAAAUGGUAUAUGGUAAUAACGGCAUGAAAUUCUUGCAAGAACAAAAGAAAACCUGUGAUGAUGUUAUGGGAAAUAAUGUUCCGUCGUUUAUGGACGAUCCUAGCGGAUAUUUGGCACAACAGACGGCGUUAUUAAAUAAUACAAUUUCAAGACAAGUGGGCCCUAACGCUACAUUCGAAGGUCAUCCGUACGAACCUUCAACUAGCUCUUACAAUCCGCAGGGACAAGAUAAAGUACCAACAUGUAAAUCUAUGAAGCAAUAUGAGCCAAUCAAUGUUUUUAGAAACAAUAUAAAUUCUUCUCCAUCACCUAAUACGCCAGAUAGCAGUGUAGUGCCAGAUAAAGUUCAAGAACACAUGAUGCCGCAGUGUUACAAAGGCUGCAAUGUGCCGUUUAAAAAUACAGACGGAACAGAGAACCAAAUGAGGACUAAAUAUCAUAAAAAUAUCUAUCACGAUAUGGAUACAUCCACAUCGAGCCCGAAACAUUUCGACGAGAGUCCUGUGACAUCGUCAACGUUCAUCGAAAGGAAUGUUAUUUCGAACGAGAACUGUGGUCCGAUUCAAGCUGGUAUCGUUAGCACUAGUAAUGUGUCGCCAACAGAAACACUGCAGCCUCCAGAACCUUCGCCGACUCUUUCGAACAGUUCUCGGAGUACGGAUACUCCUCACAGUGGCAGCAGCAGUUCACACCAGAAUUGUACAUUCCCGAUGCCAAGUCCAGCGUAUUCGAACCCUGGCUCGUGCAGAGAUAACUUCAACAGCAAUCCGCCAACUCCAAACAGUCAAGCAUAUCCAUAUAAUUCUCCAGGACCACCCAACCAAAUAUCUGGCACUCAAAUGAUGCAUUUCAUAUCAAAUCACAAUGUAAAUAAGAAUCUAAUGGAAGUAGAUAACAUAUCAAUGGUUGGAGUUAAGCCCAGUCUGCGACAGGAGAUGAUGAAGCUAGAAUCGAAGAAAAGGUAUGAAAAUACGAUGCCUGGAUAUUGCCCGCCGCCACACUUGGGUGGUGGACCGCCUUAUUCGUUGAUACAAACGAAUUACAUACAAACAUAUAUCACAACUAUGGCGAGUUUCUCAGUAAUUAGAGAUACUGUGACGUCAGUGCUUGCUGGCAAAGCGAACACAGCCACUACAUCAAUUAAUGCAUCACAAGCUAACUUUAUUCGACCACCACCGCCUCCUAGCGUUAAUUUAGCCACUACGUAUGCUAUACCGAAUAACCAACCAGAUCCGUUUAUAAAUUCCGUAAAUCUGCCUACGAGCUAUCCUCUACAUAUCGCGGGCACAACAGCUCAGAAUAUGAUCUCUAAAUCACCGCUAGAAAUGGUUCAAAACGUGAUAAGCAGUUUGCCUUCUAAACCGGAAACUAGUAAUGCUCAAAGCACGUCGUUAACACAGAUUGGAAAGAGGACAACGCCAGGACAGAUACUUAUAUCUUCUACUGGGCAGAUAAUCGUGACUAGUAACCAUAUGCCACCGCCUCCGCCUAAAAAUACAACAGCCAUGUCCCAAAUUGGCUCGAAUGCGGUUACAAAUGUUACUUCUUCAGUAACACAAGUAGUGCCGGCGGUGGGCGGUGUACAACCCAUGGUAAAUCAACCUACUGUUGUGGUCAAUACUCUGCAAACGCCAUUCGUUAUACAACCACCAAUGAUGGCUGUCGAUGGCCAAGUCGUUCAACAAAAUACUGUACUUCCUCAGAUUGUAGCAGGCGGACUUGUAUCUGGACAAUCGUCCACCGAAACGUCUAGACAAAUCGAAGUUAAAAAUGGCCAAAGUUUCGUACAGGGUGUAGCCAUGCUGUCGCCUGAAAGCAUUAAAAAGAGGAGCAAGAAAAAGAAGAGCCAAACGGCGAAUAUUACAAACGUUUUACAAAUAGCUGCGCCGCAACAGAAUCCCAACAACAUUAUGGUACAUUCUUCGCCACAGCAUAACACUAGUCCACAAUUUUCCCCACGCGGUUUCCAGCUGUCGCCCACAAACAAUAUAUCACCAACACCAAUGUUACAAGCGCUAACUAUAGUCCCUGGAAAGUCGGGAACACCCGCACAUAUCGUUAUGAACGGUCAGGGAAACACAAGCAACUUUGGAUCACAACAAAUCAUCACAAAUACGUCUCCAUCACAACAAAUUAAUUUAUUACAACCAGUCAAUUUAAUAAACAAUGCAAGUAAUGUAAUGUCGAAUUUCCCCGCAUUCCAGCAGUUUAUCGUACCAAAUCUAGGUGGAAUGGUCAUGACUGCAGAUGGAACGACCAUAAUACAAGAUAAUGCAACAGGAAUGCCGAUGCAGUUGCAACUGCAGACGGUCAAUGGACAGAAUGUCCUCACACCGGUUCAAAAUCCGGGUGUUUUCACAGCGGGCACUAAUAGCGGCGUUGUCAUUCGACAGAACCAACAAGGAAAGAUUAUCCAAUCCCAACAUAGUCCUGGAGCGCAAUUUUUAUCACCAAACAGUCAAGUGAUGGUUAAUAGUCCGAAUUUUAACGGGCAACUGAGUCCUUUACUCGCGAAUCUCAGCCCGACAAAUGUGACGUUUAACCAGAAUCCUCAAGUGAGAUCAGGGAAUGUUCAAGCGCAGGAGUUUAUCCAGACUAAUCAGAUUGGUCAAACGUUAAUGGUUCCGUUAUCGCCUAAACAGGUGUCUAUACCAUCAGCGUCGAAUAACAGGAGCAAUUCGACAUUUGUGCAACAGAACACUACUAUAGUACAACAGCAAACUACCCUAGUCUCGAAUUCGAAUAACACGCAAAUCACGACUAACUUACAAGGCGGUAAUUCGUCCCGUUUCAACAUCGACCAGAACGUUCUCCUCAACAAACAGACAAAUCAAAAGAGGAAUUUCAUACAGAUGCAAGAGAACGUAGAAGAUAAAGAACGGAACUUAGUCAUAGAGGAGAAGGUGGAAAAUUCGGAAAGUUACGCGAAAUUCAUGAACGAGUUCAGUCCCCUGCUCAAUCAGGAGGGUUUCGGGUCGCACGUGCGGCACUCUGUUUCUACCCAGACUUUACUUAACCAGCCCAGGGGAGGAAAGUCCCCUAACCAGGGUGUGUCUGGCAGUAGUCCACCAGACACGACGACGCACAGUCCCCUGGGCGCGUCUGAAGCGGCCAGCCCGAGGAUAUACGGCAGCCGCUGUGUGUCCACGCAGGGGAAUUACGCGGACACGACUACUAAGUCCCCGGAGCCGGCUGAUGUUAAUUCCUCGGGCAUGGUACAAUGCGUGUCGAGCAGCGAACAAGACAUGGCGGAGUCGCAGGAGCGCGCUUGGCCGACACCGCGAAAUGACGUCACUUCUGACACCGAAGCUUCUAACAAUAUACUAUCAAACAUACAAAUGAUGCGGCAGAACCGCGCUCACAAUCCGGUCGAAUCGACGGAAAUGCCCUACAAUAACAUGGGACCGUCGACCAUGACGAGUCAACACCAACAUUUAAUACCAAUGGGGUCUAAUCUCUACGACAGACCGCAAAGUUACAAGAGAAAAAAUGACUUUGAAACCCCAUACAGAAAUGAGAAAAUCAUGCGGACAAACUACAUGGUCAAAGAUAUAGAAUUCGAUAUGAUACAAGACAAAAACAACCGACACUAUCAAGGGACCAGUUCGGAUAUACAAAAGGUGUACGAUAGGCACCUAGGCUCCGGGCACGACGGAGAGCUCGCGGAGCGCGAAGAGCGUGGGGAUCGCGAGGAUCGUGUGGAUCGUGGGGAUCGUGGGGAGCGUUUGGAGCGUUUGGAUCGUGGGGAUCGCGGGGAGCUAUCGAAGUUCCGCGCCGGGGACCUGGUGUGGGGCCCGGUGCGCGGCUACGUGUCGUGGCCCGGCAAGCUGGUGGGGCGGCGCGGGGCCGCGUGGGCGGUGCGCUGGUUCGGCGAGCGCCCGCCCAGCUGCGUGCCCGACCACUGCCUGCUCACGCUCACCGAGGGGCUGGAGGCGCACCACGCGGCACGGACCAAGCAUCGGAAGAGCAGAAAACUAAACACCCUUCUAGAGAACGCGAUACAAGAUGCCAUGGCUGAACUAGACAAGAAGAGUGAUACAGAACGUAGCGCGGGAAGUUGUGAGGAUGAAGAAGAUACGCCGAAAAAGAAGAAAGAAAGAGUCAAGAAAGAGAAGCACUUUAAGAAGAGUGCGCAGAAGAUUGAGCCGCGGCUCAGGAAUGCGCGAUAGCGAAGUUUUGUAUUGGAAUGAGGGUAUUAAUAAAAGUUUGGGUGUUUUGGUGUGAAUUUGAGAUUAGGUAUUUCUUGGCUAUUUCUUUUUUUGUCAGUACAGUCGUGCAGGAAAAACACGGAUUAAUUAUGAGAAAAUUGUCGCGAUAAGUUUUUUUGAAAAUGGUAGUGCGCUCGCGCGGCAUUCGAUGGAAAAACAAAAGUUAGCGUUAGUUAAUGGAUUCCAAUGGUUCCUAAUGUCUCCGAAAAUAGUUUCCAACAGGAUUUUACAAUAGAUUUUACAUUUAGUCGUUAAUAGAUUUAGCUUCACCCUUGUGCUGCUCGUAAUAUUUAUUGUACAUGUCCACAAUGCAGUAGUGUUAGUACUUGUCGAAUGCAAUAAUCCAGAGUUUAUUCAUAUAGAUAUUUAUUUCUUGGCGAAAUAAUGAUUAAUGAUGAUGAAUGAAAUGAUUCAUAAAUGAAUUUUAUGUUCGCGGCAGCUGUCGUUUUGACGAGAAUGUAGACGUGGCUUAAGUUUGUUUUGGUAAAUCAUAAUAAAUUUUGGAUUUGGAGUUUAUUAUUUACGGGCAAAAGCUGUCUUUGAAUAUAAUUUUUUAAUGAAAAUAAAAUCCAUUUAUAAAAGACCCGCUUUUACUGUAAAAUUGUAGAUUUUGUAGUAAA